UCGCUUCACCCGUCUGACUUCUUUUCCUUUCUUUCUCCAACAUCCUCUGCAAACUUUCAUCCCCAACUCUGCCAGACUAUUGCCUGUCUCCUCACACGUAGCAUAUCAAUACGAAGCUUGGCAGUUGAUAACAAGUCACUCGUCAUCUCCUGUUCUUCCCGACACCUGCAACCAAGACUGCUACUUCUUCACUGUCGUGAGCUUCGACGCAGAUUUCUGUUGUGCUAUACGAAAUACCAAAUGGCUUCCUUUCUGUCCAUUCCAGUCGAGCUGAGGGAGCUUAUCUACGGUCAUGUGUUCUCAUCCAUCACGAUCAGACACGGCUUUGGAACAACUGCACCAUCAAACCGUAUAGCUCUGUUGCAAACCUGCAAGCAAAUACAUUGUGAAGCAUGGCGUCAUCUUCCAAUGAAUGCGAAUUUCGAAUUCCGAGGACCAGAAUCAAUGCUGAACACUCUCUUGGGCGCUGGUCAGGCAGUGAUUACCCGAGUACGCCGUAUUCGCGUCAAGGCGUUCCCGUUUCCGCUAUAUGCGAAUGGCUGCGCAAACUACUACCCUACGUAUUAUUUCCACAAUGCGCUCACUCUUCUUCCUGGUCUGCAUCUGGAUCGACUGGUCGUCGAAGAUAGUUUCCAUGGCUUUGGCUUGCUCGAUGGAUGGAGGGAUGUGGUGACCUAUUUCGAUAUUGAGGGUUUGUUGAAAAGCGACGCUUGGAAAGAACUUGAAUAUAUUACGCCAAACACAGAUUUCAUCGCAUCUGGAUACGAUCAUCGACGAAAGAGGCUUGCGCAGCCAGAGUCUUGGGAUGCUUUGCUUAAAGAACGAGAUGGCGAAGCAUCAGGCGCUGCAGUGGAGAUGUGGAUCACCCCCAUAUCCACCGGUCACGAUGGUCAGGGUGAGCCUCAAGCGCCGCGCACUUGGUCCGCACGUCCGGGUCACGAGAUCAUCGAAAACUGGCGGCUUGCAACCCCGGAGCAAGAACUCAAAGGCGAAGUUCGAAUUGUUGCACGCAGAAGCGAUAGAGCGACCACUGUUCAGACAGGUGUGUCUCUCAACAAGACCUGGCAAGAGCUGAAAAAUCACGAAGAGGGCUUCUCUCCCGAAGAUUGGACGCCUUAUUACAAUGACAUGGCUGAUGCGGUUGGUUGGAUUUAUGGAGGUUGGGGGAGAAGAAUGGAGCUGGCGCAUAUAGCCCUUGGUCGGUGA